AUGCCUCCGAACGAAGCAGAGUUGGCCUCCCAGGCCCUGCAGGAGGAGACUAUGUAUCGGUUCCCCUCAUUCGACGCCGACGCCGCGGUUAUGCUCGGCCUGUCGAUACGCAAACGCUUUCGCGCCUCGUCCCGACACGUAAAAGUCCGCGGCAUGAUCAUUUCCAUACAAACUAUCGCCGGACAUACCUUGUUCUCAUGCACCGUGGGCAAUCUCGGCGGGGUUGAAGGAGGGGGUGACGUGAGCUUGGACAGCUGGUCGUGUUUGGAGGGCAUGAUUGCAGUCGUGCGGAAGACGGGUCAUUCAAGCUACUACGUUGAGAAGGGCAUGAAUGCGAUGGGGAAGACACCAAAGCAGCUCGGUAUACAGGGGGAAUACAAAAUCAAUGGUGGAGCUUUUCCCGUCUGGCUCGAGAACGCGCCUUGCUGUCCAAUUGCCGUGGUAGCUUGUUAUUCAGGAUCAAGCCAAGACGACCACCAUAUGGUAGCAACAGCGGUGCGAGACUACCUCAAGAAGAUAGGAAGGGACAACGGGAUACUUCCACCUCCUUCUACCAUGGCACCCAGCGUCCCUCCUACUUUGAGGCCGAUGACAUACCAAAGCACAGGUCGUCCUCCAAGCACGGUAGGCAGAAGAUACCGCGACUCACGUUCGUACGGCUCAACUUACAGGGAUUCGCAGGAAUGGGUGGCGGAUCCGGCGGCUCGGGGUUUGCAUGACGGACAAGAUGACUACGACAGACACGAGGAUCCUGAAUAUCAUAAUUAA